CUUGUUUUAGAUUUUUAGCCGGUGGAACACUCUUCUUUUUGUUGGCCCGUGAGAGCUGUGCUUAUACCUUUUACCAGGUCGUUUUUCUCAGUCCCGGUGACUGCCAUGGCCUGGUUCACCUGGUUCCGCUCGGCCACCAGCUCCUCACGGCCUGUCUCACGGCGCUCGGCACGGAAGCAGUACCGAAAAGAGUACCUCCUGGCCUUCCUGAAGGCCAAAGGCUUCAAGGAUCCACUCUCUGCGAAUUCCCAAGUGAAUUUGCACCUGUCUCGAGCUGGAGAAUUGGUAUACCCCAUCCAUGCGGCAGCAGCCUAUGGAUGCCCCCAGCUGGUCCGCAUACUUUUGGCGGCGGGCGCGGACCCAGCGCAAGAGACCUCCGAGGGACGACGGGCCAUUGACUUUGCCAGGGCGGCCAAUCAAGGUAGAUCACAUGAGGAAGUGAUGGAUUUGCUGGGCAAUGGCGUGCAGAUCCUGAAUUUUCGCUCGGCCAUUUCCGUGAUGAAGAUGCAAGUCAUGGAGGGGAGGUUGCAACCGCUGGAAGAGACAUGUGGAGAUGAAGGUGACCUCCUUGUUGUGACUCUUUGAUGUCUGGACGCGUGAAGGGGGGGUGUCUCCUUUCCUGUCCUAGCAGCUUGCAGCAAUUGACAUAUCCUCAAAUUUGGCUGUCUCAGUGGCAGACCAAGUUGUACAGCCAAGGGGCUGUGAGAGAAUCUUGCCACUGCAAGAUUGGCAUUUGCCACUUGCUAGGACAAGACUGGUUUGAAAGGGUAAGCUUUGGUCCCCAGGUCCAGACCUCCCUGACAUCCGUUGGCUGCCAAGGGGCGGUCAACAAGUUUUAACACUCAGUGUUGGCAUUGUGCCACAUGCCGGAAGAAGACUUCAUCUUUGGCUGGCAUUUUUUGAGCCAGCCAGAUCCACAUCAUUUUCAUAGGCGCGGAAUGCAGAACGCAUGGCAGCCACAAGUCUUAGACCGGCCUCCGAUCUUUACCUCCGCUCACCGAGCUGUGAA